AUGGCAUCCAUCAUAUGUCCACACCAGGCUAGACCCCAAUCCCAGAUCCCGCUUGAGAAGAUGCCACAGCUGGCCGAAGCUGUCGAUCCCGGCGAUGACUGGACCGGUGUUACAGACCCUGCCGCUCGAAGAAGAAUACAAAAUCGGCUCAAUGUUCGAGCUUACCGAAAACGUCGAGCACGAGAAACACAAACUAAUCGCCUCAAUUCAUGUCCGCGCCCUGCCACUAAGGAGACAGAACUUGGAAUACCGUGUUGGGCGGAGGACCAACAAGCUGUGGUGCAUGUGCCGGAAGGAAGAGCCAGCACUCUCCGCAAUUUUCGUUCUGCUUUAAUCCCAUCAUCCACCACACCCCAUGCCGGAUCCAGUAGUAGGAUCAUCCUUCCCCUUUCUGCGGACCAUCUUAUCCCCUUGCUUCAAUACAAUGCACUCCGCGGCUUAUUGGCCAACCGGCAGCUCCUGUUGCCUCUGCAGCCUAGCGCUGCUCCUAGCGAAUGUGCCUCCGCCGCUCUACACGUCCUUCCAGAUGUCCAGGAGGUUCCUUCGGGAGUCUUACCAUUGUCUCUCUACCCGACAACGCUCCAGCGCACAAUUCCUCAUGAAGACUGGGUGGAUCUUAUUCCUCACCCAGUUUUACGUGACAACGUCCUAAAGGCGCUUGGUACCUUUGACGAAGACGAACUAUGGUCUGACACCAUAGGGGGCUUGUUUGAGGGCUUUCCGGCCUCGGAAAUAGAGCGCCGCGGCGUUGUGAUAUGGUCGCCGCCCUGGCACAUUGGUGGCUGGGAGGUCACCGAAGGGUUCUGGCACAAAUGGGGUUGGUUGCUCAAAGGAUGCACAGAGAUCCUGGAAGGGACCAAUCGAUGGAGAAGGCAGAGGGGGAAAGACGAUCUCGUCUGGGAGGUAUCAGACUAA